AUGGAGGAGCUGAGCUGCUCUUUGUUUGAGAAUUUGGUAGAGGGUUGUACUGUCAUAGGGGCAGGGAAACCGCCACCAGGCUUACAUCUGGAUGUAGUCAAAGGAGACAAACUCAUUGAGAAGCUCAUCAUUGAUGAGAAGAAAUACUAUCUCUUUGGGAGAAAUCCUGAUCUGUGCGAUUUUACCAUUGACCACCAGUCUUGCUCCCGGGUCCAUGCUGCCUUGGUCUAUCACAAACAUCUCAAGAGGGUUUUCCUCAUAGAUCUAAACAGCACACAUGGCACAUUCUUGGGUCAUAUCCGUUUGGAACCUCACAAACCCCAACAGAUACCUAUUGAUUCCACGGUUUCAUUUGGUGCUUCUACACGGGCAUAUACUCUGCGAGAGAAGCCUCAGACACUGCCAUCAGCUGUUAAAGGAGAUGAGAAAAUGGGCAGUGAAGAUGAAGAGCUCAAGGGCUUGCUGGGCCUGCCAGAGGAGGAGACAGAACUUGAUAACCUGACAGAGUUUAAUACAGCCCACAACAAAAGAAUUUCCACACUAACCAUUGAGGAAGGGAACUUGGAUAUUCAGAGACCAAAGAGAAAACGGAAGAACUCCAGAGUGACAUUCAGUGAUGAUGAUGAAAUCAUCAAUCCCGAGGAUGUAGACCCUUCUGUUGGCCGUUUCAGGAACAUGGUACAGACAGCAGUAGUCCCUGUCAAGAAAAAACGGUUGGAGAAUCCAGGCUCAUUGACCACAGAUGAUUCUGCAUCACGACGUAUGCAAAACUUCCCCUACAGUGGAGGAUUAUAUGGUGGUUUACCUCCCACUCACAAUGAGGCAGGUUCCCAGUCACAUGGCGUCCAUGGGACAGCACUCAUUGGUGGUCUGCCAAUGCCCUACCCCAAUCUUGCCCCAGAUGUGGACUUGACUCCUGUUGUGCCCUCAACAGUUAACAUGAACCCAGCUCCAAACCCUGCUGUCUUUAAUCCUGAAGCUGUGAAUGAACCCAAGAAGAAGAAAUAUGCCAAGGAGGCAUGGCCGGGAAAGAAGCCAACCCCUUCCCUACUGAUCUGAGUUGGGGUUUGUUGAGGGAGGGUGGGAGUUAUGAACUCCAGAAACUGUUUAUGUGCAGUAUCGUCUUUUUAAAAUUUCAAUGGCCUAACCAGAUGUAAUACCAAGAUUGGAGAAGUGAAAUAUCCUUUAAAGAUCUCUGUCUUCAAACGUUUUUAUAUGUCUGUUUAAAAAAAAAAAAAUACAGCUCCCAUCUCCUUUUGAACCAAAAUAUCUGGCAGCCUUUUCUUAGCCAUUAGUGUCCUCAGAGGUUCUUACUCUGGAUUUUGAUCCAUAAGUUGAAGGGGCAGAGUCAUACAAUUUAAUCACCAUUUAUGGCAUGACGCUGCAAAUUCGUAUAUUUAGGUGUCGUGCUUACUGUGACUAACGUUCUGCUGGACUUGCUCACAGCAGGUCAGCUGUAUCAGAAGUAAAUGUUUGUGGGGCCAAGCCUUUCAGAAAUCCCAUUGGUAUGAGUUCUAAAAUACAGAUCAGCUUUUAUUUUUUUACAUUUUCAAAACCCCACCAACAUGGGGCUCUUUUUUUAAAUUUUAUUUUUAGUUUGGCUACAGCUUGUUUUCAUUUCCACCUAAAACACUACAGCUUCCCAUUAGCUCAUGAGAGCAUGGAGUUGAGAUGGACAAGGAGUAGGUGGGCUUCCUUAGCUGUGUUCCAGUACCGUAUGGGGGGGUGCUGGGUGGGUGGGUAAGGGGUGCACAGGGGGAUGGAGCUGAGCUUGUGCUGGUGCUAGUGGCCACGUGCAGGCGUGGCAAGCCUAGGAGCGCCUGGCUGUGGAUAGGCACUAUCUGCACUCUACAAACAAUAAACAAAGUCCUGUUGACUCUUUCCCCUGCGAUAACUUAAGAGAACAGUUUCUUUUGAACUUGGUGGCCCUUCUAACUUAAAUAUUUUCGGUUUUAUUUGCAAAUGUAACGUGAGCUUAGAGUAUAUGUGAGGUGCAACAAGACAUAAAAAACCCACAAUCUGCACACAAUUUUGGCUGCUAGUAACAGUAGGAGAGCAUUGAGUGCUACUUAAAGCUAGAAUUAUGAAUUCUCACUAGAAUAAAGCAGUGUACAAGUUGGUUUCAUACUGUUACAUUUUUUUACUACUUCAUCACUUUUUCCAUUGAAUAAAACAAGCUUGAUUUGGAUUGUUGCUCUACCCUUCAGAUCAUCUGUUUUAGAUUUCAGAAUGUGAUUCACAAGUAUUCAGACACUUUGUCUUACUUUAUACAAGGUAAGGCCAGAGCUGUUUUUCAUAGCUUUACUCUGGAUUUUUUUUUUCAUUCUAUAAUGCAGUUUAGCUACCUAGUGACAUUCCUUUGUUGCUGGGGGAAUUUCUCCAUGAAACAUGCACUCAAAUGAUGUAGUGUACCCAGCUGUUCGUUGUGUACAGUACUGUAGCUGCCCGGCUGAGUGCUGCUGGAUCUGUGCUCACAGUGCACAGCUCUGGGGGCUGCUGGAGCGGGGCUGUGGUGCGGUGCCUGUGCAGUGUGCGCUGAACAGAUGAUCCAAAAUCAGCGUGACCUCUGCACCUGCGGAGUGAUUGCUUCUGUCAUGUUACUGAGGUAGAAAUGAGCUAGUGGGUACCCCAUUCACAGGAGCAAUGGCUUUAGGGACUGGUUUGUUCCCCUCCCCACGCCAUCCUAUCUAGCUCAGACUAUUAUAUGGGUGAGUACAGCACCUUCUCCAUGGUAUAGUUGUGCUGCUCUGUUUAGUUGCUAUUGAAUAUGAUUCAGUCCUCCAACGUUCUGUUUCCAAACACUCCAUGCUGGCUCUUAAAAUCCUUCUCCCUUUAUUUUUAGUUUUGCUUCUUUCUGGUAUGUAGAAUUUUAUUUUUGCAGCCAGUCUGCUUUAUGAAGGCAACUCUUCAGGGUAAGACUAUUUAGGGCAAGUAAAAGUUGAACAGGUUUUCUUCCUCCUUUUUUCUGUUUUGGGUUGGGUUUUUGGGGGGGUGGGAUGGGAUGGUGGGGUUUUUGUUUUGUUUUUUUUGCAAGUGGCUCUUUGCAAGAUUUUUCUUGAAAAGGGAAGCUUUCCUGCUUAUUGUUUUUUAAAGCUCUUCUCCUCCCUGGGUUUGAACAAGCUCUCAUUAUUUUAGAGCUUAGGGGCCAUAGCUGGCCAGUACAGGAGGGGACAGUGUACAUCUAGGGGCUUUGUACAGACGUUUGUACACUUGUGUAAUAUGUAAUAGGCCUUUUCACACUUUCUGUUGAGCUUUUUACCUGUAACCUUUACUAUGUUGUAAAUUAAAUGCAGAUUUUGCCA